AAUAAAUAAAAUCUUUUUAUGCAGUAUCACUACUGGUCCUCAUCAUAUGGACACAUUUUUAUUACUGAGAAAAUAUUGAUCCUGGGCCAGCUUAUGCAUAAAGAUUUACGAAAAUUUUGAAACCUUUAUUUUUACCUCUCAAAAUACUUUUUAUACAAAAUAUUAAAAAGUUAAAUUAUUUUUCAAAAUAUUGAAACAUUUUCUUAGAAAAAACUGUUAACUUUUCAGUUUUCUACAAAUCUUGCGAUUUCAACAACUCGGAUUAACUUGGUUCAAAAUUUUUAAAAUAAUCUAGAUAUCUAAGAAGCGAAACGAUAUUACUUUUUGCCUAGAGAUUCGAUGGGAUCAAAGACAUCCUAAAGCAAGCUGCAUUCUUGUCAGAUCCAAUCUGAGAACAGAUAAACAAGCAUAUGAUGCAGAAAGUUUUAAUAUUUUGUGGAAUUUCCUGCCGCAGUCAUAAUGUCCGAAGACCCGAAUAAUAGGAGAUCUAAAUCUUUGACCCUUUUAUUGUUUCUUAUUGUUGCCGGCGUUGUUUUGGGCAUUAUUUUAGGAAUUUCACUUCGCUACUUGGCGGUAUCGCACGAAGUGAUACUGCUGAUUUCGUAUCCAGGCGAACUAUUUUUUCGAGUAUUAAAGUUACUAAUCCUACCUCUGAUAAUAUCUAGCGUAAUAACUGGAACAUCCAAACUCAAUGUUCGUGGACGAAUAGCAUUGAAAACAUUAACAUGCUUUUUCCUAUUUUCGGCCUGCAGUGCCCUUUUGGGGGUCUUAUUCGCCAUAGUUAUUCGCCCAGGCGUCAAGUACAGUACAGAAAUUACUAGCAACCAAACCAGUUUCGACACCAAACAAUCUGUUAUGGAUGGUUUCCUAGAUUUAGGAAGGAAUAUUUUCGCCGACAAUAUAGUACAAGCCACAUUUCAACAGGUUCGCACGGAAUACGUUAAUUCCACAAUAAUUACUGUCAAUUUAACUGGAGGAAAUGUGGAAAUUCAUCCAAUUCAGACGCGCAUUCUUACUCACAGAUAUGGGACAAACACAUUAGGCGUCGUAUUUUUCUGCCUCAUGAUCGGUUCAAAUAUCAGUGGUCUUGGGAAAAGAGCCACAGUCUUUGUAGAAUUAUUCUCUGUGAUAUUUGAAUUAUCAAUUGCUUUAUUAACUAAAGUUAUGUGGGUGACGCCUAUUGGAAUUACUAGUAUUAUUGCCGGUAAAAUAUUAACCGUGGACGAUGUAUCUCUAAUUAUAAGUCAAGUAGGUUGGUUUAUUUUGACUGUAGCCGCAGGAAUUCUUACUUAUCAAUUAGUAGUUCUGCAGUUGGUUUAUUACACUAUAGUAAAAAAAAACCCGUUCAAAUUUUAUUUUGGACUUUGGGAAGCAAUUCUGACUGCAUUUACAACCGCUUCCGAAUCAGCGGCGCUUCCGGUCACGCUUAAGCUUAUGGAUGAAAAAGUACAUAUGGACCCGAGGGUAUCCAGAUUUGUCAUCCCCCUCGGGUGUAACUUGAACAUGAAUGGGACGGCGCUCUUCCUAGCGGUUUCGGGGGUGUUUAUAUCUCAAAUGACCGGAAAGGUUCUUCACUUUGGAGAUAUGGUGACAAUAUUCAUAGCAGCAACCCUGACUUCGUUUUCGUCAGUUGGUGUUCCAAGUGCUGGAGUGGCCUUAGUAGGCACUAUACUUUCGACCGUCCAUAUACCAUUCGAAGAAGCGUCGUUGCUGUUGGCUAUAGACUGGCUUGUCAACGCUAGAAGGAUCAUCAUGCCGUAUACAAAAUUUUGCCACCUUGAGAUACUAACAAUAAUACAUUGUAACACGCACCCUCGUAUCUUAGUUAUCUUCCAACUAAUGGAAAAGUACGUAGAGACAGAGUGCGCACUCCUAACAACCUAUUGGGCGAUUGUUAUACGGCGGCAGUGAUAGAGAAAUGGUGUUACAACGAACUGGAAAUAUGCGAUCAAAAUUCGGAUUAUUUGUUGAAUGCUGGUCGCGAUAAAGCUUCAUUGGCAUAUCAGCCUACAGAAAUAUUAGUCCAGUAAUCUAAUCUACCAAUAUACC